GCAGGACCAAAUCUGGCUCUCUGUCAUUCAAUGGCUGUAACCUCCAACCAGAAUGCACUUCAACAAAUCACAUUUAUUCCUGCACUGGUCGGAUGUGACUCAAUCGCACAAGGCAUCCGGAGAAACAUGGAGGACACCGCUGGCAGUAAUCCCCAAUCUCUCGGAUUUACAGAGAAAUUAAAGUCUUGGCUCUCCUGGUCAUGGACCUACGUGUGCUUCAUUUGGUUUGGCAUGGUUCUGAUCAUGAUAUACGUCCUUUGGAGCCCGCUGAAACUGCAGGAAACUCUUACCUCAGCGUCAGUGUUUCUGAAUACACUGACCCCCAAGUUCUAUGUGGCUCUCACUGGAACCUCCUCUCUCAUCUCUGGACUCAUCCUUAUAUUUGAGUGGUGGUAUUUUCGUAAAUAUGGGACCUCGUUCAUUGAGCAAGUGUCAGUGAGCCACCUGCGUCCUCUGUUGGGUGGAGUGGAGAGCAGCUCCACGACUGGUCUGUUUGCAUCAGUUAAUGGAGAGGCAGAGCCCAGGCCCAGUGUUUCUGAGUGUAAAGUCUGGAGGAACCCCUUAAAUCUGUUCAGAGGAGCAGAAUACAACAGGUACACCUGGGUGACAGGGAAGGAACCCUUAACCUACUAUGAUAUGAACCUGUCUGCUCAAGACCAUCAGACCUUUUUCACAGGAGACACUCCACAACUACGGCCAGAAGAUGCUGUUAUGCAGAAAGCCUGGAGAGAGAGAAAUCCUCAAGCCAGGAUCAGAGCAGCCUACCAGGCCAUCGAAAUGAACCAGGAAUGUGCUGCUGCCUAUGUGCUCCUAGCAGAGGAGGAAGCAACAACUAUCACAGAAGCUGAGCGCCUCUUCAAAAAAGCAUUAAGUAUUGCUGGAAAAGAUAUCAACUUACUGGUGUACAUUAAACGCAGAAUGGCAAUGUGUGCACGCAAGCUGGGCCGGAUUAAAGAAGCAGUUAAAAUGAUGAGAGAUUUAAUGAAGGAGUUCCCACUGCUGGGAAUGUUAAAUAUACACGAAAACCUCUUGGAGGCACUUCUAGAGCUUCAGGCAUACGCUGAUGUCCAAGCAGUCCUCGCCAAAUAUGACGACAUCAGCUUGCCAAAAUCAGCCACUAUAUGCUACACAUCUGCACUAUUGAAAGCACGGGCUGUAUCAGAUAAGUUCUCUCCAGAGGCCGCGUCACGGCGAGGGCUAAGCACGGCAGAGAUGAAUGCUGUGGAGGCCAUACACAGAGCUGUUGAGUUCAAUCCACACGUGCCAAAGUACUUAUUAGAGAUGAAGAGCCUGAUCCUUCCUCCAGAGCACAUUUUGAAGAGGGGUGACAGCGAGGCAGUGGCAUAUGCUUUCUUCCACCUGCAGCACUGGAAGAGGGCAGAAGGAGCCUUAAACCUACUACACUGCACCUGGGAGGGCACCUUCCGGAUAAUUCCCUACCCACUGGAGAAGGGUCACCUGUUUUACCCCUACCCAGGAUGCACAGAAACGGCAGAUAGAGAACUGCUGCCCUCGUUCCACGAGGUGUCUGUGUACCCAAAGAAAGAGCUUCCCUUCUUCAUCCUCUUCACAGCAGGCCUUUGCUCCUUCACUGCCAUGCUGGCCAUGCUCACACAUCAGUUCCCUGAGCUCAUGGGUGUCUUUGCCAAAGCAUUCUUCAGCACACUCUUUGCACCCCUGGGCUUCUUCGCUGACAAGAUGGAAAGCUUCAUGCCGUCCAGUUUUUGGCACCAGCUGACUCGAAUCUGACCCCAACACAAACACACACACAGCACACAGACACACAUACACACAUACACACACACACACCAAUACCACUCCAAACCCUCAGACAUAAAGUGUUUGCUCUCCUGUCUUCAGCAUUACUCUCCACUUGCUGCAUUGUUACUGAUUAUGUUGGCUGAGGUUGUAUCAUCACGGCAAUACGCUGUCAAGAUACUCUCCCACACUGUUCCAGCAGCAACAGUUUUCCAAAAGCACAUUUACUAAACACUAUUUUAAACGAUUUCACAGGGUCGUUCACCUGUCAUUAUGUCAGCACUAGGCGAAGUUUUUGAGUUCCCCACAAAACCUGGCUGUAGAUUACUUUGUCCAAAAAUCAUAUAAGUGACUUGUCAGAGAUUGUUCCAUCACGAUAAUGAAUUAAAUCAUGAUAAAAGCGUAAACAGAAUGUUUUAUAUACUUCUAUGACUUCUGUCUAAUCAAAUAAGUCAGUUUAAACCAAUGUCUUACUGACAACAGGAAACAGAUACAAUACUAUGUACUUUACAAGGUGAACUGUAGACAAUUUUAACCAAUAUUAUACUAUUUCACUGCUCAAUUAUUUCUAUGCAUCACAAAAUAUCCCUCCGUGUAUUUGGAAUGACUACUUUUGUGUCCUUCGUCAACCCUUGGUGCCCUGUAGACAUCCAAUGUGACAGAUUUAAACUUAUGUAAGACCUCCAAAACAGAGCUGGGAUUUACACCCCUGAAGGGCCUGCAGUGUAUACAGCACCUCUGCAGUUUAACAGUUGUUUCCAUGGCAUAACACCUCAGCACUAUAUCACUGGUGCAACAGACGCCCCCUAAACAUCAACUUGUUAUUAUCGCUGGUUACAGUUAGUCUGUUAGUCAACUUCUCUUUUCCCCAAUCAAUUAUUAUGCAAACAUAGCAGUACUCAUACAGAGAACAUACCAGCACAGGAAUUGUAACAAAUUACAUUACUGUUGUUCAAAGUACACCCUUAAAGGAGAAAUUGGUGGAACAUACAGGCACACUUUUUUUUUUUACCAUCUAAUAAUUUUUUUAUCAGACUAAAGAUGCCAGCAUCCCCCUGUUGUAAAUGAUAAUGUAAAAGCUGACUGAUAAUGUGAUAACCUGUCAGAAACAAAUGGGCCUGGUUUGAGAUCUGAAAGCCUGUAAGUGUAAUAUAUAUAUAUAUAUAUAUAUAUAUAUAUAUAUAUAUAUAUAUAUAUAUAUAUAUAUAAUACGUAUAUAUACUCUACGUGAAAUGUAAUGAUUGAAGUUGAAACAUUCAACUGUUACACCACUUAUUUGUGAAUGAUAAGAAAAUGAUGCUGCAUCAUCCUGCAUUUCUAUUACAUUAACAGGUUUAUUACAUUGUAAACCUUUUAGGGCAGACCUGUUUACUUUACUUUGUCAAGUUAAGUUACCUCAUAUUAUAUAGAUGCAAUACAAUAUAGAGUACGAAAAUGUACUUAAAAUCUCAUUCUACAUUAAAUUUGAUAAAACUUGAUAAUAAAGUGCCUUGUAGUACAUCCCAAUACUCACACACUCUAAUUUGGCAUUUAUUGUUUAGUGGCUACUCCGUUCAAAUAUGAUGGAUUCAAUUUGAUAUAUAGAGCAUUAAAAAAAAUGUUUUUUUCUGUAUUUGUUGAUUGUUCAAUGAUUAUCAUAAUUACCGUAGAUAGAGCAGCCAAGUAACAAUGGCAAACAUACUUGUGAAAAAGUAGAAAAGGGCCAGCUGGUAAUGAUGUAAUGACAUUAAAGAAAAUAGUGUUACUACAGUUUGUUCCAAAUUUAGAUUGUAUUUUUAAUAUGAUCUACUGCAACGAUUCUGGUUUGCAUCCGGUCUGUAAUAUGUCUGUUUAAAUUUGUGACAUUUGAAAUGUGAAAUAUUAUUAUGUGCAGCUGAAAUGUAUAAGAAUACAUGCUGAAGACAGGAGACUGUUGAAGAAUUGAACUCCCAUUGGAUGAGUUUGGAAGCAAACUCACAAUAAAUUUCUCUUUCAGUGUAA